AUGGCCUCUACGGAUUCUACGGUCGCCAACGGCUCUGAGGCUUCAGCUGCCCAGAAGCUCCUCCAGACUCAUGCCGAUCAUCACCCCACCGUUGAGGAAGUCCCUGAUGAGGACCUCCCCUUGAAGGGCAACGCCGGCGAUUCUGCCUCCUGGGCCGAGCCUAUGUCGACCAAGGCUGCCGGAAAGCAGAAAGCGUCCUCUGGCUCGAAGCUCGACACCCAGUCUCAUGAGCUCUUCCCCGAGCUUGGUGCCUCCAAGCCCAAGGGUAGCCCCAACGUCGCCCCUAUCUGGGGAGCCAAGAGCAACGUCUCUACUCCUGCCAACGGUCUCUCUCGCUCCUCCACUCCUGCUUCAGGUGCCGCGACUCCCAAGAACGGCCCCCCCUCAAUGUCGAUUCCGGGUCGCAACGUGGAGACGGUUGUGCUGGAGCCCCAGUUCAUCCUUCCCCGCAACCAGCUGAAGCGCCCUAUCCCGGAUAUCAUGAAGGACAUCAACCGCAAGUCGCGCGCCAACAUUACCUUGUCUACCGCUACCAAUGGCCGUCUCAAGUUCGACGCCACUGGCCCCCAGGAUGUUGCCCAGCAGGCUCUGAAGGACCUUAUCCAGCAGAUCGGCACCAAGACUACCAUCAAGGUCCCGAUUCCCCAGUCUGCUCGUUCCCACAUCAUCGGAAAGGGCGGCUCUACCAUUAAGGCAAUCCAGGAGAAGUCUGGAGCUCGUGUCCAACUGCCCAAGGUGGAGGACGGUGCUCCCGUUGACGAGGAUGAUGACUCCACCAUCGACGUCCUUGUCGAGGGUAACGCCCUGUCUGCUGCCUCUGCCAGAGAUCAGAUCAUGAAGAUUGCUGGCGAGCGUGCCGCCAAUGUCAACACCAAGCUGCGUGGCAUUCCGUCCGAGUUUUUCCCCUUCAUUGCCGGACCCAGCAACAGCCACGUUAGCCGCUACGAGAAUGAUGGUGUUCAGGUCCGUGUCCCUCCUCACCAGAUCUGGGCUCCCCGCGGUCGUAACAUCCCCGUGAACGACGGCGAGCGUCCCGUGUUUGUCCCUGCCGGAGACCACCACAUUCAGCUGGCGGGUGACCGUGCUGCUGUUCAGGCUGCUCGUGCAGAGAUUGAACGCCGCGUCCAGGAGCUGCAGAGCCAGCUGGCUGUUGACCAGUUCAGUCUUCAAAAGGGCCGUCAUCAGUUCAUUGCUGGCCGCCGUGGUGAGACCCUCGAUGAGUUCUUCAACCAGACUGGUUGCACUAUCCUGCUGCCCACUGAUGAGGAUGAUGACUCGGUCACCGUCAUUGGCCCUGCGUCCCAGAUCAGCAAGGGUGUCGAGACUGCCAUGGACAGAGCGAUGAACAUGCAGUUCUCUACCUUUGACAUUGGCCGUUUCCACAAGAACGCCCCUGGUGGUGAUUCCAACCACGCUCGCAACGUCACUCGUUUCUUGAGACAUCGUGACUUGUUUGAUGAGAUCGAGAGAGCUCACAACACCCACAUCAACACUCCUUUCGGCCCCAACGGUGCCUCUCCUUACGAGCUGUACGCGCGUGAUGGCAAGAGUGUUCUCCAGGCCCAGUCGGCCAUCGAGAAGCUUGUUCACGCCAUCCCCCCCGCCAGAAUUGUUCCUGUUCCUGUUGACCCCUUUUACCAUCAGUACCUUACCAAGGAUGUCAGCCCCCGUAUGAGGGACAACCAUGGUGUUCAUGUUGUUCUCCCUGAGACUGGUGAGCCCAAUGCUCCUGUUCUCCUGGUCUUCGAGGGCCCUUCUGCCCCCGAGCCCAAGCCUCAGAUCAAGACCGGCCGCCCAUCCCAGGAUGAGAUCCGUGCCUUCCAGCAGAGCUUGGAGGAUGCCCGUAAGCAGAUUGUGGACAUCAUUAACAAGCAGGAGCAGAUUGCCUCCGCUUCUAUUGAUGUGCCUCAGAAGUUCCACGAGCGUCUUCGCCGCUUCAUCAAGAAGGAGCAGGCGAACCGGGCUGAUGACCAGAUCCCGAUUCGCGUCUCUUCUGUUGGCACCGUCGUCACUCUUCGUGGCCCUGCCUCUGCCGUCAAGAACCUUGAGGCCAAGGUCAUUGCCUUCGUCGAGCAGGAGAAGGAGGAUGAGAAGGAGCGCGGCUUUACCAUGUCCUUUGAGUUCCCUCAGAAGUUUGCCAACCACCUCAUUGGAAAGGGAGGCUCGAACAUCAAGGAGCUUCGCGAGCGUUUCGAUGUUGAAAUCCAAGUUCAAGAUGGCAAGGUUGAACUGAAGGGCCCGAAGGCCAAGGCCGAGGCCGCCAAGGCUCACAUCAGCUCUUUGGGCCGCACUCUUGCUGAUGAGGUUACCCACAUUCUCAAGGUCGACCCCAAGUUCCACAGAGAACUUAUCGGUGCUGGAGGAAGCGUCACCAACCGCCUGCAGACCAAGUACAAGGUUUUGAUUUUCUUCCCGCGCUCUGGCAAGAGCUCCAAGGACGAGGAGGACAAUGACGCUGCCAGCGAUGCUGGAAAGCCUAAGCGCCAGCAGGCCCCCGACGAGGUUAUCGUUCGUGGUCCCAAGAAGGGAGCGGACGAGGCUCGUGACGAGAUCUUGUCUCUCCUUCAGUACCUCAAGGACAACUCUUUCACCGCAACUGUCUCUGUCCAGCAGAAGCAGGUUCCUUCCAUCAUUGGCCAGGGUGGUGCUGCUUUGGAUGAGCUUCGCCAGGCCACUGGCGCCAAGAUUGACAUUCCCAGCGGACGUGAUGCCGAGACUGUUGAAAUUCAGAUCAAGGGCACGAAGUCCCAGGUUGCGGCUGCCAAGAAGGCUCUUGAGGAGAAGAGAGAUAUCUUCAAUGACACUGUUGUGAAGACCAUUGAGGUUGAUAAGAAGCACCACAAGUCUCUCAUUGGUGCUGGAGGUUCCAACCUUCGUGACAUUGUCGUUAAGGCUGGCGGCUCUGACGACCGCCGCGAGCUCGCACGCACUAUCCAGUUCCCCAAGCAGGAAGCUGACGGUAACACGAUCAAGAUCGAGGGCCGCUCUGAUGUUGUCAACAAGAUCGUUGCAAGAAUCGAAGAGAUCGUCGCGGAGAAGGAGAACCAAGUCACCGAGGUUCUGGAUGUCCCCACCGAGAAGCACAGAUCCCUUAUCGGCCGCGGUGGAGAGGCUAAGCGUCAGCUUGAGUCCCAGCUCAAUGUCUCCAUCGACAUUCCCCGCCAGGGAGACGGCAAGACCGGUGUCAAGAUUACCGGUCGUCCGGAGAACGUGGAGAAGGCUAAGGAGCACAUCGCUUCGCUUGUCAAGGAGCAAGAGGGCGAGACUCUGCAGGUGCCCCGUGGUCUGCACCACUCCAUCUCCAACAACGGCCAGUUCUUCCGCCAGCUGCGCAACAACCACCAAGUGUCUGUUGAUCAUGCUGGUACCGCUCUGCCUCCCAAGCCUAGCGGCGCCAGCCGCAGCAACGGCGGCGCUCUGCCGUUGAUCACUGACGAGCCUGAAGCCAAUGCGGAUGCCCACUCCUGGAAGGUUGUUGACACUGCUGCUGGUGAAGACGGCGAAAUCCCUUGGGUCCUGCGCGGCUCUCCCGAGAACAUCGAGAAGGCCAAGGCUGCCAUUGCCGCGGCGAUUGAGCAGGCGCGCAAGAACACCCACACUGGUUACUUGGUUCUGCCCGACCCUAAGACCUACCGCUUCGUCAUUGGCCAGGGUGGAAGCAAGGUCAACUCCAUCCGCAAGCAGAGCGGCUGCAAGAUCAACGUCCCCCGCAACGACGAUAAGGAGGAUGCCAUCGAAGUUGUUGGUACCGCCGAAGGCGUCGAGAAGGCCAAGGACUUGAUCUUGGCUGCCGUUCAGGAGGGCCUCGACUCCAGAGUGUCCCGCGACUAG